AUGUUCGCUAUCAUCUUUGCUACCCUCGCUGCCGUCGCCACCGCGGCUCCCGUUUGCAGCCCCGCCGCCCAGGCCUCGUCUGCCGCCGCCCAGGCCUCGCCUUCCGCCAUUGCGCCCGUCCUGGCCGCUGCCCCUGCUGCCGCCUCCGUCGACGGCGCCACCAUCAACGGUGACGCUACCUUCUACGCCACCGGCCUCGGUGCUUGCGGCUGGACCAACUCGGACUCGGAGGAUGUCGUCGCCAUCAACGCCCCCAUGUGGGAUGCUGGCAAGCACUGCGGUGCCUACGUCACCAUCACUGGUCCCGCCGGCACCGCCCAGGCCAAGGUCGUCGACCUGUGCCCUGGCUGCGCUUCGGGUGACCUCGACAUGUCGCCGACCCUCUUCACCCAGGUCAUUGGUGACCAGGGCAUCGGCCGCGCCAAGAUGGACUGGUCGUUCACUGGCGCCGUUGACGCCGCCGCUGCUCCCAACGCCCACGCCCUCGCUGGCCUCCAGUAA